AUGGAGAGUAAAAAGACCAAGGGAAAACAAAAGAUAGAGAUGAAGAAAAUAGACAAAGAAGUUAGUCUUGUUACUUUCUCAAAACGUAGGUUUGGUAUCAACAAAAAAGCUAGUGAGUUGGUGACUCUAUGUGGUGCUGAGGUUGGUGUGGUAGUUUUCUCACCAGCUGGAAAGCCCUUUUCAUUUGGUCAUCCCUCAGUUGAGUCUGUGGCCAACCGCUUCCUAAAACGAAACCCUCCACAAGCCCAAGAGGAUAGUAGUACCCAUACUUUGGAGGCUCAAUAUUGGAGGGUGCUCCGCAAAGUUCUGUGCGCUUGUAUGAAGGAGAAGACUAUAGCUGGGUUACCCUCUUCUUCUUCUUCUACCUUUCUUGCUGAUAUUUCUGCCCAAGGAACCACCCCUUUUGCCCCUAAUACCAGUGGAACUAAUCCUUCUAGCUUUCCUUCUGGCUAUGGCUAUGGACAAGGGCACUUCAGGUUUUAUAAAAAUUGA